GAAAAUUCCCCCGGAUGGGUUGCAACACCCUGUGGAGGAGCUGCAAUGCCUGUGGCCGGGCGAGCAGCGGAAGACGGCGCUUUGCCUCAAGAUUUUCCCAGAUGUGCAGGAGUCAAACUCAGUAUAAGACAAAUAUGGGUCUUUCUUUUGGAUCUUAUCUACACAGUCAAACCACCCAGAAUUUUCACCAAAGAACAUCAGAGGAUGCUUGCAUAGAUGUUUCUGUCAUGGCAAUAAAAUGCUACCAGUAAGAGACCUGCAGCACUGGCAAAGGAGGAGCCAGUUCCCAUGGUGCUGCUUGACCUAUUACAGCUGCACCUUUCUGAAGAGUGCAACAUGACAGAGCUCCAUGAAGCCGUGGCUGUGGGUGACUAUGACCUGGUGAAAAAGAUUUUGAAGGCAGGGCGCUGUGACCCAAACCAUAAGGAUGCUGACUGGCAUGACAGGACUCCCCUGCACUGGGCUGCUGCCAAAGGGCGCUCGGACCUGGUCAGGCUCCUGGUGGAUCACGGUGCCCGGCACUGCCUGCGGAGCGAUGUGGGCUGGACCGCGGCUCACUUCGCUGCCGAGGCGGGGAAGCUGCGGGUGCUCCGCACCCUGCACUCCCUGCACGCUGCUAUGGAUGCCGCCGACCUCUUCGGAGACACUCCCCGGAGGUUCGCGGAGAUCUACGGACACCGGGAGUGCUCCAAAUUCUUGGAAAAAGCAGAGGUGGAGAGCAGGAACUACCGCAGGAAAGCUGCACUGAGAAAAAUUCCCUUAGACCAGAGAGAUGAAGACUGGGAACUCAAGAAAGAAGAGCUUCAGAAAAAUCCACCAUGUUUUUGGGAGAAGUGCACGGCUUCUAUUCAAAAGAAAAAUGGGGGAAAAAAGGGGAAGCGGUAGUGUGCCCUGCCUGUUUGGUGCCUCCAAGUCCUUGCAAUGCAGAGCAAAGGCACUGGCAGACCUCAGGUGGUUCUGCAGGGUAUUAUUUGGGUGAAUGGAGGAAGUAGUUGGCUACAAGAGUGCAUCCUUAGAGAUAUACUGUAAACAAUCUCCUUAACAACUAGGAUUGCUUCAGCUUCUCUAUGUAUCUGAUCUCAAAAAUAAAAACAACUGAAGAAUAUGUUUAAAUAUGCCAAUACUCUAUAUCACUGUGAUGUUUAAAAUUACUGUGAUGGCAACAGUUACCCAUAUUGUCAGGGAAAAAAAGUAGUCUUGAUCCUACCUGAUUCACAAUAGGAUCUUGGACCAUGGUUCUGCUUGCUCUGCUGAUGUGUGUGGCCUUUGCUUGUCACUGAGUCAACCAGGAGGCUCUACAUGGACUUGCUCAUUACUCUAUUACCAGGAGGCUCUACAUGGACUUGCUCAUUACUCUGGUAAUGCACUUUUCUUGGAAGUGGGACGUAGUUGCUUCUCCUGGAUGAAGUUGAGAUGUUACUGUUGAGUUUUCACUGGACACAUGGGUCCAACAGCCUGAAUCUUCCAUUCCUGGCCCAGCAAAAGGGUAAAUGUGCUCCCUUCUUGCUGCUUUCAGACAGCUGUGACUGCCAAGGGUAUUGGAGCACUGCCUUUUGUUAGCAUUGCCCCCAGCUAUUUUUAUAUCUCUGCAAAUAGGAAUGCUGUGCAGCUGGUCCUAAGCUCUGCUUCUGCUCAUCAACACUUUCCACGACAAAAGCAUCUUUAACACUUUCACUUCUCAGUCAAAAAAUUUGGAAUGUGACCCAGAGCAGUUUUCCAUACAUGCCAG